GGAACCCUCUAAAGCUAAUAGUAAGGAUAUUGGGAGUGAAGGUAUGUCAAGUCCGAAGACAUCUCAGUCUCCAGCGAGAUUUUCUACAGUUAUGAAGAAGAAUGGAUUCGUCAAAAAAGAUACCCAGAUGAACUUCUACAUUGAAGAAGCUAAAAAGGCGAUGUUCAGGUUAUUUAAAAACAAAAAUACCAAGAAAAAGAAGAAAUCGAAAUCACGCCCAUUACAAAAAAUUGAGCCCAAAGUUGAAGAAGUCCAUAAAGAGAUUCCUGACUGGAAACGAGAUUUAUCAUCAAACCUUGGAAGCAUUCUAAAGCCGUCAAUCCCAGACUUUGGCUACGCAGAGCACAUGUAUUUUGAUGAAGAAGACAGCCCUGGCAAACGGACUGGCUGGGGGCCUUUCGUCGAAUUCAUUAAGAAAUAUCCAGUAACUAGUAAAGCCCAGAAUAUAAUCGAGAGCAUUAAGAAAGAGAAGGAAUUAGAAGAGGCGAAAAGAAAGAAAAAGCCGAAGAAGAGGAGAAUCAAGCCUAGGAAAAAGAUAUCGUAUAAUAUUCAAGUACACAAGACUAACUCUGAUGCUGGAACCGCAAGAAGCAAGAAGAAUGUGUAUUUCGAAGACCUGAAGAUGCAGAGUAGCAACAAGAUCAGUUCAUUCAAGAAAAAUGCUGAUGUAAAGAGGAGGCAGCUCCCAAGUAUCCUGCCAGGAGGAGAUGAUAAGCGCAAUAUUUUGAAUAACUUAAAACUAACCAGGAGCGAUUCAAAAAGUUCAAUCAGCUCAUCAAUUUCUUCUAGUGAGGAGAAGAACAACAGUUGAACUCGUGUUCCAGCUCUGACUCUGAAGAACCUGAAUAAACUUGAAGUAAGUCCUAGAGGGAGUGUCAGGCAACGCAGGCCCUCAAUGAUGUCAAUCACAGCAUAUAAAAAUAUCUUCAUUGAAAACACAAAGUUUCAUGUUGAGCAGAAAAGAAAGAAGCCUCUGACUGACAUUUGGUACAUCCAUAAAGGAUUUGAGAAAAAGCAAGAGAACAAAAAUGAGGUCUACAAAGAUCUGAACAGGACCAUCCAGACUAGAUGAAUGAAGAUCAAGAGAUUCUCUUGUGGAAGGAAGCUAGCCCCCAUUAGGGUAUCAUCCAGACUGAAAAACCUUUCAGCAUCCGUUUCUCAGAAGAGAAGCCUGAUUUCUUCUAGCGGUCCAAAGACUGUGAAAAGUAUUUGCAAAGGACAAAUCCAGAAGCAACGAAUCAACACUUCCUUUAAGCCACAAAUCUCGCAAAGGGUCGUCAAUCUUGCCCAGAAGCUACACUCAAAAAAUAAGAGAUCUCAGUCAUUUAAACAACAUGAAGAGUGCGAUGCUAAUUCAACACCCAGGAUGAGGGAUAUCUCAAGUGCUUACAAUAUUACUCAAGAAAGCAGGUCUAACUCAACAGAGCCUAAAUUCUUAAAGGGAGUGAGGAAUAAGAGUAAAUUUCAAACCUGCCAUACAAAGACUCAGGCCAGAUCCAAAUACAUGAGUAGCGGAAUACUUUAGGAGCAACUGUCCA